AUGUUGGGCCAAGCAGAUUCAAGUGAUCGAUAUACCACUAGUGAUAUGCAUAAUGGUCUAUUAGAGCUUGUAGAAUGUGGAGAGAUCAAUGAAGAGAAUGUUUCUACACAAAGUACAAUAGAAAAUUGGAUUAAUCGCUAUUCACAAGAAUCAAAAAAAGAGGCAGCAGAAUGUAUAUUAAAUAUUUCUGCACAAGCCACAA